AUGGUCGACAACUUUUCCAAAAGGGUGGAAGCGGCACACCUUCUCAGCCAUGAGGCUGGCACCAUUGCCAAUGCCAUCAUGUCUUACUGGCGGUCAAACGGAAGGACAAACAGAUCGCUCUCAUCCCUCCAACGCGUCUUCAUUGCCACAGUCAACAACGAUAUCUGGGACGAACUCAUGUCAUAUGGCCUGCUCGCCGACAAAUGUACGGUGUACCAGUCCACCGGAUUCUCUCCUGCUCUCCUGAUGUUUGGUCGUGAACCCCACAUUCUCUUCGACUUACAAUUUCCACCCCGAUACCCGACACCACAUAUAUUCACCGCACGACUAGCGGCCUCGCUCUACAACACCCAAACUCCAAUCAAGAACACCAAAAACGCUUCUGAGAUCGCAUGGCUCAUGGGGCGCCCUAUCAACCAGGCGAUUCAGUCUGGCUUUACCAACCCGACCCUACCCCACACGAAACUUGACGACCUCCACUCAGGGCCCUUCGUGGUUGUCCAAUCACGUCCCAACAUCGCUUACCGCACCCGCCCCGUCUCUGAUCUGUUCGCCUUUCCCCUCACAGUACUUUUCAAUCGCCUCAAACCCGGACUGGGAAAAACUUACAACACUGAUACAGAAGACCUGACAUGGGAGGCAGACAUUCCAGUUCACCACACUGUCGAAUUUCCACACAACACUCCACCACCUCAACAGCACCGAGGGCAGUGCUUUUCCGAACAGAGGGGCUCAGUCACGCACACCACCUUCCACGUCAUCGAACACUAUUCAUGCCUGAGCUCAGAACUGGACUAA